UCCGUUAAGUCCUGUCCCUCACGUUCUGCCUCUGCAGUCUGGUCGCCUUACUCAUUUGCCUUUCUCCAGAAUCUGCAUUAGCAAAGGCAGCCCGGCAGCGUGGUCUUGCAGUACCAGCUUUUCACCACUGGAGGUCCUGGGAAAGGUUUCUGUCUGCUAGGGGAGCCUCGCUAGCUGUGGGAGAGCCCAGGCCCUGGUUGUUGCAGGAAGAGAUGGCUGCUGUUUUGCUCCUCUUUGGGAUGGCUACCACCAUAUAGGACCUGAAUGUCCUACUGCUUCCCAGGAACAGAAAGGAAACCCUCUAUUUCUCUGUUUCGGUGGUAGUAAAAAAGCUACUGAAUGGGCCUGAAUUUCAACAAACUAUCAGGUGAAUGGGACCUGUCUCCUUUCUUCCAAAAUAUCAGAAAUUAAGCAGUUUGAGAGAUUUGGCCAAGAUGACUCACUUACAGGCUGGACUCAGUCCAGAGACUAUAGAGAAAGCCCGCCUGGAACUGAAUGAAAACCCAGAUGUUUUACAUCAGGAUAUUCAGCAAGUCAGGGACAUGAUCAUCACCAGGCCUGACAUUGGAUUUUUACGUACAGACGAUGCCUUCAUCCUGAGAUUUCUCCGAGCCAGGAAGUUUCACCAAGCAGAUGCCUUUAGACUCCUGGCCCAGUACUUCCAGUACCGCCAGCUAAACCUGGACAUGUUCAAAAACUUCAAGGCUGAUGAUCCUGGCAUUAAAAGGGCUCUCAUCGAUGGGUUCCCUGGAGUGCUGGAAAACCGUGAUCACUACGGCAGGAAGAUCCUUCUGCUGUUUGCAGCCAAUUGGGAUCAGAGUAGGAACUCCUUCACAGACAUCCUGCGUGCCAUCUUGCUGUCAUUGGAGGUCCUCAUUGAAGAUCCAGAGCUUCAGAUAAGUGGUUUCAUUUUAAUUAUAGACUGGAGUAAUUUUUCCUUCAAGCAAGCCUCCAAACUGACACCUUCUAUCCUCAAACUGGCCAUUGAAGGGUUGCAGGAAAAUUGA